CAGCAAAUAAAAAUCGAACAGAAGGGAGCGUCAGCAGGCGAGCCUAACCGAGAGGACGCCAUGGAUCGCGAGUGGGGCUCGAAGCCCGGCAGCGGCGGCGCCGCCUCCGCCCAGAAUGAGGCCAUCGACCGGCGGGAGCGCCUCCGCCGCCUCGCCCUCGAGACCAUCGACCUCGCCAAGGACCCCUACUUCAUGCGCAACCACCUCGGCAGCUACGAGUGCAAGCUGUGCCUGACGCUGCACAACAACGAGGGGAACUACCUGGCGCACACGCAGGGGAAGCGGCAUCAGACCAACCUCGCCAAGCGCGCCGCCCGCGAGGCGAAGGACGCGCCCGCGCAGCCCCAGCCCAACAAGCGCAAGCUCGCGCCGCGCAAGUCUGUUAAGAUCGGCAGACCUGGUUAUACAGUAACCAAACAAUAUGAUCCUGACACCAAGCAACACUCAUUUCUUUUUGAGAUUGAUUACCCUGAAAUCGAAGACAAUACCAAGCCAAGACACCGUUUCAUGUCAUCAUAUGAACAGAAAGUCGAAACUUGGGACAAGAGGUAUCAAUACCUACUUUUUGCAGCGGAGCCCUAUGAAAUCAUUGGAUUUAAGAUACCAAGCACAGAGAUUGACAAAUCAGCAGAUAAAUUCUUCUCUUAUUGGGAUCCUGACAAGAAGGAGUACCUGCUGCAACUGUACUUCAAGCCAAGACCACCGGAAGCUAAUAAGCCACCACCGGCUCCUCCUGGGACUUUGCCUAAUGGGACUGGAGGUCCUGGUGCUCCACCAAGGCCACCAGGACAAGUUCCACCGCCCCCGCCACAAGUUCCACCGCCCCCUCACGCACCUCCUCCUGCACCUAUGGGAAUGCCCCCAAGGAUCCCUCCACCACCAAUUGGGAGUGCUCAGCCUCCACCGCCACCACCACCUGCAAAUGGACCUCCACGUCCAAUGAUUCCACCGCCACCUAACUUUACUCCUGGAGCACCACCACCGCGCCCUCCAAUGUAAGGUUUUCCUGGGCAGCAGCAGUAGUUGACCUGAGUUUCAAGAACCGAUAUCAGCCCUGCAAGAGUUUAGCACUUGCCUAGAUUGCCUUAUUCUGUAUUUCAAGUCAAAAAAAUUGUGUAUGUUGCCAUGUGCAUUGCGAGGUUCUCCAGGACUAUACUGUGCCUAUAUGUGAUAGGUUGAAUUUUGUAUGCGAUUUUAAGCUAAGUACCUGUUAUCUGAAAUAGCAAGUGCUCAUUUACUCUA